GUUUCGAUAGAUGUCUCGCGAAACUCGUUCGGUUAUUAUUCCAACGGACGAUUAUUUCAUUAUUUCGAUAAUAAUAUAAGGAUGUUUUCGAUAUCGAUAGAAUUCGAACUGAAUUCGUGGUGCCUUAAGGCCAUCACUAGUCGAGGGGUCUCCCUCUUUGGGAGUACGAGCAGGAGAGACCGAUCCCGUGGUGUACAGGAGAGACAAGGGAACGGGAGAGAACGAAACGUACCAUGGUCUCAUGGAUUCUGCCUGCACUCUGCGACCAUUCCGCAGUAACACGUCGUCCAAGUCGGUUUCGCAGCGUUCCCUGGACCUAGCCUCUUGCCACGAGGCAUCACUCAUCCUCGAGAUGCUCAAAGAACUGAUUUAUCGAGGGAUCAAUUUCUUUUAGUGAUCUUCUCCUUCUCUGGACAAACUUUAUCCUUCAAAUGAUUUUGAUUUCCUGAAAAGUCUCUCGAUCGGUGGAAUUUCACGUGCCAAAUAUGGUUAGGAUUCCUUGAACUCUUUGGUUUCGAGGUGGUGAACGGUGAACAGGAUAACUUUAACAAGUUUCGCGUCAAAGGAUAUCGUAGCCGGCGAUUCUCGAGACAUUCGAGAUCAGAUAAGAGUCAUUGGCUCUUAGGAAUCAAUUGUGUUUCGGUUGUUCCGAUGACGUUUCGUUUUUUGAAUCUAAAAAGAUGAAAGAUUAUGAAGAAGGUCGAGAGGAUUUUAUCAUGGUGAACAACGAUGCUUGUCGUAAACGCCUCGAGGAGCGGAAGUGACAAGAAUCUUUUGGUGUUUGAAGAGUUCACGGAAUGAUUAAGAAUUAAAAUGUGUUUACCCAUUGGUGUUUCGAGUGACUGCUUUGGCUGACACUUCCGCGACCGGUUGUUCGACAAACAGGCAAGAUGGCGGCCUGCAGCGGCUUACUCAUUAUUCUGCGAUUACUUCUCAUCGUCGUGGCGUCGACCGUGCCAGGAACAUGGAUAAAUAUCGGUUUGCAACACUAUCCACAAUUGGACACCGCUCAAAUGAUGGAGACUUACGACGUAGCCGCGUCUAGCAUUUGUCACGGGUUGAAAGGUCUUUCGCAAGGCCAAGGAAAGCUUUGUCAGUUAUCGGUGGAUCAUAUGCCGAGUGUGGCUAAGGGUGCAAAAUUUGGGAUUCUUGAGUGUCAACAUCAAUUCCACGAUCGAAGAUGGAAUUGUUCCACUGUCUCUAAUGAAUCCGUGUUUGGACCUAUGCUUAGAAUAGCGAGUAGAGAAACUGCAUUCGUUCAUGCAAUCACAACUGCAGGAGUGGUGUAUUCAAUAAGUCGAUCUUGCAGAGACGGACAAUUAUCUUCGUGUGGUUGUUCUAGAAGUAGCAGACCCAGAGAUCUAAAACGAGAUUGGAUCUGGGGUGGAUGCGGGGAUAAUCUCGAAUACGGUUAUAAAUUUACACAAGCAUUUGUUGAUGUAAAAGAACGUGAAAGAAGCUUUAAAAGAGGUAGCAGAGAACAAGGUAGAAGUUUGAUGAAUCUUCAUAAUAAUGAAGCUGGACGUAGGGCGGUUAUAAAACGAUCCAAAGUAACAUGCAAGUGCCAUGGAGUUUCUGGAAGUUGCAGCUUAAUUACUUGCUGGCAGCAACUUGCAUCAUUUCGAGAAAUUGGUGAUUUUCUUUUAGAUAAAUACGAUGGAGCAACAGAAGUCAGAGUAAACAGACGUGGUCGUUUAUCUAUGCGAGAUCCAAGAUUUUCGUUACCUACAGCGAAUGAUUUAGUUUAUUUGGAUGACUCUCCAAAUUAUUGUCUUCCUAAUGAAACACUCGGAUCAUUAGGUACACAUGGAAGAAUUUGCAACAGAACAUCAUCUGGCAUGGAUGGAUGUAAUCUCCUUUGUUGUGGUAGAGGUUACAAUACACAAAAAUCAACUAUCAAAGAAAGAUGCGAAUGCAAAUUUCGUUGGUGUUGUUUCGUUGAAUGCAAAACUUGUGUCAAAAGCGUAGAUAUUCAUACUUGCAAAUAAAAUUUAAAUUAAUCACAUUUAA